GUGACCUUGAAGGGGCAUCGCAUCGAGAAGGCCCAACACCCAUGGCAGAUAUGGGUUUGGUUAACAAUGACGGCGCUGGAUAGUAUUUCUGGUAGUGCAGUCGCCUCUGAUAGCGACAGUACAGUCCAGGUGUCCGAUGGGGGUUCUAGGAUCGAGGCGAUCUCCGCUGUGAAGCAGACGGCUAUCCGAACAAGCAGGUGGAAUCAGCUCGACCCUAGGAUUUGGGCUUAUAGCAGUCCAGAUUCCAUGAUUCUAUCGACGAUUGUCUCCAGCCUCAUCUUUUAG